AGAAGAAAAAAAAAACCAAUUGAAGAAGAAAGGAGAGAAAGUUAAAAUCUUUAUCUGUUGUCAUUCAAGACAAGCAAUCAUGGGGUUUUCAUUGAAGCAUCGCGCAGGUUCUUUUAUGGUGGCGGCAAUUUUUUUGCUUGGGAGUUUGUUAACAGUUUCUAUAGCAAAAGAGGAGGCCACCAAGUUGGGGACAGUGAUAGGAAUAGACCUUGGAACAACAUAUUCUUGUGUUGGUGUUUACAAAAAUGGGCAUGUUGAAAUCAUAGCCAAUGAUCAAGGUAACCGGAUUACGCCGUCGUGGGUGGCAUUCACUGACAGUGAGAGAUUGAUUGGUGAGGCUGCAAAGAAUCAGGCAGCUGCUAAUCCUGAGAGGACCAUCUUUGAUGUCAAAAGACUUAUAGGAAGAGUUUAUGGCGACAAAGAAGUUCAAAAGGACAUGAAGCUUUUUCCAUACAAGAUUGUCAACAAGGAUGGAAAGCCUUACAUUGAAGUCAAGAUUAAAGAUGGGGAGACCAAGGUUUUCAGCCCUGAGGAGAUUAGUGCCAUGGUUAUUACAAAGAUGAAGGAGACAGCUGAGGCGUUCCUUGGAAAGAAAAUCAAGGAUGCUGUUAUAACUGUUCCAGCUUACUUCAAUGAUGCCCAAAGGCAGGCUACUAAGGAUGCCGGAGUUAUUGCCGGUGUGAGAGUUGCGAGGAUUAUCAAUGAACCAACAGCCGCUGCCAUAGCCUAUGGUUUGGACAAGAAGGGUGGCGAAAAGAACAUUCUUGUAUUUGACCUUGGUGGCGGCACAUUCGAUGUUAGUAUCUUGACCAUUGAUAAUGGUGUCUUUGAAGUGCUUGCAACCAAUGGAGAUACUCAUUUGGGAGGUGAGGACUUCGAUCAGAGAAUUAUGGAGUACUUUAUUAAGUUGAUCAAGAAGAAGCAUGGAAAGGAUGUCAGCAAGGAUAACAGAGCUCUUGGAAAGCUAAGGAGAGAAUGUGAGCGUGCCAAGAGAGCUUUGAGUAGCCAGCAUCAAGUCCGUGUGGAGAUUGAGUCUCUCUUUGAUGGCGUUGAUUUCUCUGAACCACUUACCAGAGCUAGGUUCGAAGAGUUGAACAAUGACCUGUUCAGAAAGACCAUGGGACCAGUUAAGAAGGCCAUGGAGGAUGCUGGAUUGGAGAAACACCAGAUUGAUGAAAUUGUUCUUGUUGGUGGAAGCACUAGAAUUCCCAAGGUUCAACAGCUUCUCAAGGAUUACUUUGAUGGGAAGGAGCCCAACAAGGGUGUGAACCCCGAUGAGGCUGUUGCUUACGGCGCUGCUGUUCAAGGAGGCAUUUUAAGCGGGGAGGGUGGUGAUGAAACCAAAGAUAUACUUCUGUUGGAUGUGGCACCUCUUACUCUUGGUAUUGAAACUGUUGGUGGGGUGAUGACCAAGUUGAUCCCAAGAAACAGUGUCAUACCCGCUAAGAAGUCUCAGACCUUCACCACUUACCAGGAUCAGCAAACUACUGUCACUAUUCAGGUCUUUGAGGGUGAAAGGAGUCUCACAAAGGAUUGCAGGUCGCUUGGGAAAUUCGAUUUAUCUGGAAUUGCCCCAGCUCCAAGAGGAACUCCUCAGAUUGAAGUGACAUUUGAGGUUGAUGCCAAUGGUAUCCUAAACGUCAAGGCUGAAGACAAGGCCUCAGGAAAAUCUGAGAAGAUCACAAUUACAAACGACAAGGGUAGGCUCAGUCAGGAGGAGAUUGAACGGAUGGUUCGGGAAGCUGAGGAAUUCGCAGAGGAUGAUAAGAAGGUGAAGGAGAAGAUUGACGCCCGCAACAGCUUGGAGACCUAUGUCUACAACAUGAAGAACCAGGUCAAUGACAAAGAUAAGUUGGCAGACAAGUUAGAGGCUGAUGAGAAGGAGAAGAUUGAGACAGCCGUUAAGGAGGCCCUCGAGUGGUUAGAUGAUAAUCAAAGCGCUGAGAAAGAAGAUUAUGAGGAGAAGUUGAAGGAGGUGGAAGCUGUAUGCAACCCCAUAAUCACUUCUGUUUAUCAGAGAUCUGGUGGAGCUCCGGGAGGUGCAGCAGAUGGAGGAGAUGACGAUGACUCAAAUGAUGAGCUUUAAAGAUGCUUUUUUUUUCUUCCUUACGCUAGAAUGAUUGAACGCGAGACAGGAAAAGGAGUGUUUAGUAAGGUUUCUUUCUUCAUUUUUGUAUAGAGGAUCACAUCUUAGAAUUCAAAAUAGCAUUAUAUUUUCUUCCCUGUUUUUUGCUUCUACCAUUGUUUAACGAGAAAUAGAAAUAGCUUCCUAAGAGAUAAAAAUAUUUUACGAGACUGUAUAUUCAAUUUUUUUUAAUAUAUAUUUUAAUGUAGCUCUAAA